AUGGUCCUUGAAGAAGCCAGCUUUGGAUUUGCAGACACGAAAUUUGGCCCUGCCCCCGUUGGGUCGCCGCUGGUAUACCAGCAGUCACCGUCGCUACAAGAUCGGAGUGUGUGGAUGUCACCUAAUAUAGCACUGACCAGGGCAAAGGCCAGCAGCAUCCCUGUGCCACCCCUUCUGUUUCAGGAGUCCACCGAAUACGAGGUCCCCACCCUUACUGACAUCUCUCAUGCCAACAUUCUCAGGAGCAUUGCUCUCACGAAAGCAGCAGCCUUGGAGUUGGAAAAAAAUACCCAACAACAAAGCAAGAGUGACCGGUGGCUUGCAGCCCAACAAUACAGACUAACCGCUUCUAAAUUUGGAUUGGUAAUGCGUCGUGAAAACUGGACACAGCAACGGCUGCACAAUUUAACUGCACAUAAAGACUUAAGCAGAUGUCGACCUGUUGCCUAUGGAAGAAAACACGAGGACACAGCUGCAGAGCACUAUUGCAGAGCCCUGCAGAAUUUGGGGCAUGACAUUGUAGUUUCUCACUGUGGCAUUGCUGUGCAUCCGAGCUGCCCUUGGUUAGGCGCGUCGCCUGAUAGGUUUGUUUUUGACCCAGAGGAGUCCCCACCCCAUGGGGUUCUCGAAAUAAAGUGUCCUUACAGCCUCAGGGACAGUGAACUUGAACAUGCUAAAUCAGAAUUGAAGCAAAUGCAGUCUGAUGAAGGUGGUCACCCAAUGGUGAAGAGAGAGAGCGACUACUACUACCAGAUACUAGGACAGAUGGCUAUCACGGGGUUGAAGUGGGGAGACUUUGUUGUGUUUUCAGAAAAGUUCAUGAUAGUAGAGAGAAUUUACUUUGACGAAGACAAAUGGAAGAAUGCCAAGCGAAAGCUUGAUUAUUUUUACUUCAAUCACUUGUUGCCUUACUUUUCUAAGAACUGAUUUUUUGUGAUGCAUCUAGUAAUAUGUAGUCUGCUUUGCUCUGUUUAUCUCGGUUUUGCAUCACAUUACUUUUGGUACGAUAUAUUUUAAUGUUUUUAACCUGAACUCUUGUGCUGCACUGAGUGUGUUUUGUUCUGUUUUGUCUUCACUCGUUGCUAUCUUGUUUUUGCACUGCAUUUAUAUAUUAUAUAAUAUAUGUUAAGCUGUCAUGACGUAACUAACAAUGCCCCCCCUUUUUUUUGCUUGGGAUUUUGGAUAAACCACUGGUUUAACGACACUGUGAUAGGGCACUAGAUAGCAAAGCCCUUUGCUGAAUUUUUUAGUUUCACCAUUUAAUGACGCUGUGAUAUUUCAUAACAGUGAAGCCCUGUGCUGAAUUUUUGUUUGAUUGUUCAGUGGUACUGUGAUAUUUUAUAAGUGGAGCCCUUUGCUGGGAUUUUUUAGUUUCACCAUUUAAUGACGCUGUGAUAUUUCAUAACAGUGAAGACCUGUGCUGAAUUUUUGUUUGAUUGUUCAGUGGUACUGUGAUAUUUCAUAAGUGGAGCCCUUUGCUGGGAUUUUUUUGUGUGAUGUUUAAUCACUCAGUGAUAUUGCACAACAUGGUGAAGCCAUGUGGUGAAUUUCUGUGU